AUCCUGCCUACCCACCAGAACGCCAAAACAUAUAUCUCUCAGUCGCAGUACCAAGAGGAUUGAUUAUUCUUAAACACAGCGGAACCGUCCAUUCGUUGGUCAGAACGUACAUUCGAGAGAAUCUUAAUUUAAAGUGUGAAAUUCCUGCACUUGAAAUAUUGGAUGAUGGGUUUCUUAAAGGUGGAAAUAUCCAUGAUCAGAGUAAUGCGGACAUAUUCGAUGUGGUUCGUGAUAGUGCGUCUAAAGACGUUGGUGUAAUCAUUGGGCCCGAUAGCAUUGGUACUUUGAGUUUUACUAGUGGAAGUACUGGAACUCCAAAAGGUGUAAGAGGACGACAUUUUUCGCUCACACAUUAUUAUCCGUGGAUGUCACAAAAAUUCGGGAUUUCAGAUAAAGAUCGAUUUACCAUGUUAAGUGGUAUCGCUCAUGACCCAAUUCAGCGGGACAAUAUUGGUGUUCCUGGAAAGUUGGCAGAGUGGAUGGCCGAACAUGAAGUCACUAUUACACAUCUCACUCCUGCAAUGGGUCAAUUACUUUCUGCAAAUGCUACCGCUCCAAUUCCAACACUCCGCAAUGCAUUCUUCGUUGGCGACAUCUUAACAAAACGAGAUUGUAACCGUCUUCAACAUUUAGCUUCAAAUACCAAUAUCAUCAAUAUGUAUGGUACAACUGAAACUCAACGUUCAGUUUCAUAUUUUCUAAUUCCACCAUUAUCUUCUACUCAAACAUUUUUGGAAUCACAAAAAGAUAUAAUGCCAGCCGGUAAAGGUAUGCAAAAUGUACAAUUAUUGGUGGUUAACAGGCGCAAUAAAACUCUUCUAUGUGGUAUUGGAGAGAUUGGUGAAAUUUAUGUGCGGGCUGGUGGAUUAGCUGAAGGAUAUUUGAGAUUGGAUGAUGUUACGAACGAAAAAUUUUUGACGAAUUGGUUUAAUGAAGGAAUGUUACAAGAUGAUGUUGAUGACAGCAAAGAGUGGAAACGUUUUUGGAAAGGAAAAAGGGAUAGGUUAUACAAAACUGGCGAUUUAGGAAGGUAUCGACCUGGUGGAGAUGUUGAAUGCGUUGGAAGGGUUGAUGAUCAAGUUAAAAUUCGUGGAUUCCGUAUUGAACUUGGAGAAAUCGACACUCAUCUGUCACAACAUCCGCUUAUUAGGGAGAAUGUUACGUUAGUGAGGAGAGACAAAUAUGAAGAGCAAACUCUUGUUUGCUAUUUUGUACCUCUCCAAACAAGUGAAUUAGAAGAGUUUCUAAGUUCUGGUGAUGAAAAUGAUGCUGCAGAAACGAUGGUUGAAAAACGAAAAUAUAAUAGGCUUAUAAAACAAAUUAAAGAUUAUUUAAAGAUGAAGGUGCCUUCUUAUUGUAUUCCAAGUGUAUUUGUUCCGUUGAAAAGGAUGCCAUUGACACCAAAUGGAAAGGUAGAUAAACAAGCAUUGCCAUUUCCUGAUACUGCAAAAUUCGUGUCAACAUCUAAAGGUGCAAAAAUUCAAAAAAUGUCACAAUCUGAAAAAGCAGUUCACGCGAUUUGGGCACAAUUACUUCCAAAUCCACCAGCCCCAUUUAUUCCGCUGGAUGAAAAUUUCUUUGACUUAGGAGGACAUUCAUUAUUGGCUACAAGAUUAAUAUUUGAAUUAAGAAAAAAAAGUGGCGUAAAUAUUCCACUUGGGUUAGUGUAUGAGAAGCCUACUAUUCGCGAGCAAGCUAAUGAAAUUGACAUUGUUCUAAGAGGUGAACUUAAUAUGGUUGAUGAAGGUGCCGAAAUUCAAGCUGCCAAUAAUAUUACUACGAAUUCUAAAUCGGUUACUGAAAUUGGAAGACCAGAAAUAAAUUAUGCAGAUGAUGUAGAAAUCUUGGCAUCCAAAUAUUUGUUGCUGAAUUACUCACCAAUUCCAGAAAAUUACCAAAGAAAGGUAUUUUUCGUCACAGGUGUGACCGGAUUCCUUGGGGCGUUUAUAUUAUCAGAUUUGCUAAGCAAUAAUAACGAAAUUAAAAUAAUCGCGCAUGUAAGAGCUGAAACAAAACAACUCGGAAUGGAAAGACUUAAAAAGAGUUGCAAAUCGCAUUUGGUGUGGCGCGAUGAAUGGGAAAGUGAAGGAAGAUUAGAAGUAGUAUGUGGAGAUUUGGAAAAGGAAAGAUUAGGAAUUGAAGAAGAGGAUUGGAAAUCUUUGUGUGAGAGGGUUGAUGUUAUUGUGCAUAAUGGUGCAUUUGUUCAUUGGGUAUAUCCAUAUCCAAAACUCAGAUCUGCAAAUGUUAUAGGAACAUUAUGGUGCAUAAAUCUAGCCAGUGCUCAUCAUUCAAAACCAUUUAUAUUUGUAAGUUCUACAUCUGUGUUAGACACAGGACACUAUGUUUCAUUAGGCGAUUCGAUCAUUGAAAAAGGUGAGGGCAAAGGAAUUAGUGAAAAUGAUGAUUUGGAAG